CGCUGGUCGGGGUCCGCGAGAGCUGGAAUUUCAGGUGUGACGUCACUUUCCAGAAUCCCCUUCCUUGGUCGACGGGAGCGAAAGAAUAAAGCAACAACAACAAAAACAAGACCAAAAAAAGACAUUUGAACAGUGCGGCCGUCGCGGACUUUGGUUGGAAGAAGAAAACGAGGUUCGAACAUUUCCAGGAUGUCUCUGUACCCGUCUCUGGAGGACAUGAAGGUGGACAAGGUGAUGAGGGCCCAGGCCCAGUUUGCCCACACCUCUACCCCCAACUCCACCAUGCCAGCAGCCAUCACCGAGGGGGGCGAGCAGCUGCAGCAUCCGGCUACUGCUGGGAUGCUGUCAUCCAGCUUGUACCCUAACCUGGAGGAGCUGGGAGAGUACAUGGGUCUGAGCCUCAACAGUGAUGAGGUGCAGCAAAACCUGGCCUUGCUGCCCGUGGCCAACAACCAAGUGGCGGUGCCCUCCUACUCAGGUGUGGCGGGGAUGGUGUGUCCUAUUACGGGCUCCGACGUCGGCAUCAGGAGGGCCGAGGUCCGCCAAGGGCUGCGGGAAAUCAUCCUGUGCAAGGACCAGGACGGCAAGGUUGGACUGCGCCUCAGGGCCAUUGACAACGGAGUGUUUGUUCAGCUGGUACAGGCCAACUCCCCCGCUGCCUUGGCCGGCCUGCGCUUUGGCGACCAGGUACUUCAGAUCAACGGGCAGAACUGCGCCGGCUGGAGCGUGGAUAAGUCCCACAAGGCCCUGAAGGCUGCGGCCGAGACCCGCAUUGAGAUGGUGGUCAGGGACAGGCCCUUCCAGCGCACUGUCACCAUGCACAAAGACAGCUCGGGUCACGUGGGCUUCAUCUACAAGUCUGGGAAAAUCACAUCGCUGGUCAAGGACGGCUCCGCCGCUCGCAACGGCCUGCUGACCGACCACUACAUCUGCGAGAUCAACGGGCAGAACGUCAUUGGACUCAAGGAUUCCCAGAUAAAAGAUAUUCUCACGUCCUCCCCGACCGCCAUGACCAUCACCCUCAUGCCCAAGUUCAUCUACGAGCACAUGAUUAAGAGGAUGUCCAGCAGCCUGCUCAAGUCGGCCAUGGACCAUUCCAUCCCUGAAGUGUGACUCGGCACAAAGAGCAGGGAGUCUUGUAAAGACGCCAACAUCUCUUUUUUUCUUUCCUUCAACCGUCUGCCAUUAUUCCUCUUUGUUUACUUCAUCUUACAAUUGCCUUGGUGUCUGCUAAGAUCACCAAAUGUCUUUUUUCUUUUUUUUUUUGCAUUCUUGCUGGAGUCAAAGGACGGUCCGAGAUGGUUUCUAUUUUCCAUCCAUGCAAAGUCCGGAGCGUCCUCUGCGUUCAUUUCUCUUCUUGUCACUUCUGCUCCAAGAUGCUGUAAACAAGCCACGUCUCCCACGUUCAAAACAAUUCAAAAGAAUUCCACGGUAAUGUAAGCAGACAUUGAUCACAUGAUAUACGCUUAUUAUAUGGCUUUGCUUGUGCCAAAAUGACAUAAAUAUCAAAUAUGGAACUCAUUCAAUAAAAUGUGAAAUAAUUUGCUAAAUUACCAAUCAUUCAUUCAGUUGUGAAAUAUCAAUCAAUAAAUAUCUUUAAACUGUUAUUAAUUGCAAGUUGGAACUUUUAUUUUUCUAAUGUACUACUGACCUUUUGUUUACUUGCAAUAUUUCAAAUUUAUUCUUUUUUUUUUUUUACAAAAACAGAUUUAUAUGGUAAUAUUCCACCUUUUUUCUUUACUCUUAUAAUUUUACAGAUGUUGACCUUCCCCCAAAAUGCAACUUUCAUGUUAGAACAACAAUUACCGUAUUUUUCAGGCUUUAAGUCGCAGUUUUUUUCAUAGUUUGGCGACUUUUGUGUUUUUUUCCUUCUUUAUUAUGCAUUUUUGGCAGGUGCGACUUAUACUCCGGUGCGACUUAUACUCCGAAAAAUACGGUACACACAUUAUUUUCUGCCCUAUUUGAUAAGAUGUCAUUAUUAUUGUUUCCGACGACUUUAUUUGCCUCAUUAUAAAAUCUCAAGUUAGUAUUUACAAUAUUAUAAAUUCUUCUUACAAUUAUUUCCCAAAACAUUGUUAGUAUUUUCACUUUAAUAAAAGUACAUUUUCACAAUAUUAUUACAACACUUUUUUCAUUUUUUCAUUCAAUUGUAUUAAAUUGCUCUGUAUUUAUUGGCAUUUUGAAAUUAUAAAAUGUAUAUUUGUACUUUUAUUUCAUGACGCUGCAUUGGAAAAAUAGCUGGAAAAUCACAUUUUUCAAUUUCAUGAAAUAAAUUACAUAAAGUCAAUUAAAAAAUUAAAUAAAAUUAGAUACAUUUAAUUUAAUUUAAAUUAAAUUAAUUAAAUAAAAAACUAAUUAAAAAAAUAUAUUAAAUGGAUGUACUGUUAUGAAUAAAAACAGUUUCAUAAUUUAAUUGGUGUCUAAUAAAUCAUUUCACAAUUUAAUGAAUGAUUGAAUUGGUUGGAUAUUUAUUCAUUUAUGGACAAAAAAAGCCACAAAAGAUGGAAAUGUGCUUGUAUAUUUCAAUAUGGGGGUACAGGGUCGUUUCAUUUCUUGGGAGCUGACUAUGUGCUGGACGGAGCCACUAAGUGCACUUUCCAUGACCUUUUUUAAGAUACAUUUCCUGUGUUCUUUCUGUCCUUAAAUAAUUGUGCGUGUGGUGCCUCCUGUUUGAAUGCAGAUGCUAACUUCUAAAUGUCCCCCUCGCUGUCCUUGCCCUGGCUAAACAAAAGCCGCAUUUAAAAAAACAAAAAAAGUAUAUUCCGCUUCUGGAUGCAUGUAUUCAUCUCCCACGUAUGCAAUCUGAUAUGAAUGUAAGCAACAUACUACUAUUGUCAAGCAAAUAAAACACAAUCAUUAGACGCAUGUCGUACAUA